AUGGGUCAUAAGCACUUCAUCGAACCGAAGUUCAUCAGUGCCUCGCCACCUGUCAUUCUCUGUCGCUGCAGAUCGGGUAUUUAUCAAUCAGGAAUGGCCAACGGAUAUCCCCGUAACUUCAUCGAGCGCAGCAGGCAGUCUAAACCAGGUCAAAAUCGGGUGACAGAACAGCCAAAAGUCUGGCGUGCACUGCCAUACAUCGACGGCGUCUCUGAGGCAGUUUCCCGCCUCCUAAGGCCCUUGGGGAUCGGGAUCGCUCAUCGACCAGACUCAACCAUUCGGCAUUUGGUUAUGAGACCGAAGGCCCCCCUGCCACGAGGUGAGACGACAAACGUCAUCUACCGGGUCCAGUGUAACUCUUGCCAAGCAAACUACGUCGGAGAGACAGGCAAACGGUUACAAACUCGCGUUAACGAACACAUGCGGGCAGUGAGGAGAAUGGACCCAUUGUCUCUGGUGGCGGAACACUGCGCGGACUCUGGACACACUUUUGCCUUCCAGAAUGCCAAAAUUCUGGGUCGAGGCAACGACCGCGUAGCCAGGGAAACGAUCGAGGCCUGGCAUACGGAAACAACCUCAAUAAACCGUUGCGUCGCCCUCCCGACAGCAUACCAAGCCCUCCGGACGCAGCUCAACGAACUAAAGGGCAAGCGCGAGGUCAGGCCGAAAGUGGAUCUAGACACGGGAGAGCCUACGACGGACCUACACGUAGCCACACCGCAAAUCGGGCCCGACGAAGGCGCAGUCAUCAAUACUGUUGCCUCAACUACUACUCCGGCAGACGGGGAGAAACGCGAUCAGAGGGAUGCAAUCAAGACUAGCAACCCAGCACGACAAUUAAGGUCAACGCGAAUGCGGGCGAUGGCCACCAACGUUCAAAUGCCGCCCCCCGACUAG